AUGUCGCUCUCUGGUCAGAUUGCCCUAGUCACUGGAGCGUCCAGAGGAAUCGGUAAGAUCAUACUGCGGGUUUCUAUAAAACCUAUGAAUCUAAGGUCGUGGAAUAGCGCUUCAACUUGGUGAGGCUGGAGCGACAGUCUACAUAACCGGGAGAAGACCUCAGGAGAGUGAUACUGGAAAAGCGGGACUGAGCGGCCUGGAAGAAACGGCACAAGGUAUGGAAUAGUAUUCAAACUCUCCUAAAAUGUAAUUUCAGAGAUCACAAACCGCGGCGGAAAAGGGAUUGCAGUUUAUGUUGACCACAGAGACAUGAAAGAGGUCGAGCAGUUGUUUGACCGAAUUGACAACGAGAAUCACGGACAGUUGGACAUUCUGGUGAACAACGCUUAUCAAGCAGUUCAGGUAUCUCUCGAAUAUUAACCUUUUUCAACAAUAAUUAUCAAUUUAGGCGAUUUCCGAAUCAAUCGGCCAACGAUUCUACAACACAGAUCCGUACAUUUGGGAUACCAUCAACAACGUCGGCCUUCGCAAUCACUACUUUUGCUCGGUCUUCGCUUCGCGACUCAUGGUGGCCAGGAAACAAGGCUUGAUUGUAAAUAUUGGCUCUGCCGGAGGACUACAAUAUCUGUUCAAUGUGGCGUAUGGAGUUGGAAAGCAGGCGGUCGACAGAUUGACAGCGGACACGGCCGUGGAGCUGAGGGACCAGAACGUGACUGUCGUGUCCCUGUGGCCGGGCGCCGUGAAAACGGAACUGCUGGUUGGCUACUUUGCCGAUAAGAACAGCUUUCUGAGCAAAAAUGCCACGAAUGCAGAGUUUUUCGCGACGGGAGAGACGACCGAAUACGCGGGAAAGGCUGUAGUGGCUGUAGCUGCAGACAGGAAAAAACUGGAGAAAUCGGGAAGGAUUUUGAUUGCUGCCGACCUCGGCACAGAGUAUGGAUUCGUGGAUAUUGACGGUAAAUAUUGAUACAUUCGAAAUAUGUGCUACUCGUUUGCUUUUGCAGGAGUCACUCCUCCAAACAUGCGUUCGGCCAACUACAUUCUCAAGCAUUUAGGAUGGAACAAGACGGCCAGCUACAUUCCUGAUUUCGUCAAACUUCCCGGAUGGCUGUUGUGGGCGAGCACGAAUCGUUUUUGA